AAGGCAAGGGUGUCCCUCAGUGUAGAGGCAUUCAGAGCCUACCAGUACCACCCAGUGACAGACAUAGUGGCAGCCUGUUCCCUCUGCCUCCCUGGGAGGCAAGGGAGAUUAGGCAUGCCCUCAGACCUCUGCACAGACAAACUGACACCACCUCAGCAGCCUUCCUGGCACCCUUCUCCUCCCUGUCCUUGGCCCUGCAUGCAGCCCCCACCCCCCCUGCGCUCCACUUUGUGGCUGACCCAGUAUGUCCCAGAAAUCACAGAAUCACCGCGGGAGCUACUGGCCCACUUUGUCAAGCCACAGAAAAUGAAGCUAAAAUUAGCUAAGGACAGACAGGUGGACCAAUCCACUCCGGCAUCCUGCCCUCCUGGCCAGAGCCUGGCCUCUUCACCCCAGGGAGGCUGAGACUGGCUUUUAUAGUAAGGGAGAGAUGGAGGUGUGAGUUUUGAGCCUGGGGCAGCAGGAGGUGCCCGAGAGCUGGUGACUUCACUGAAGUGUGGCUGACCACAUGUUUGGAGGGCUGCUGCUGAGGAAUGAGCUGUCCCUGGAGGGGAUCGAGGGAUACAAAUGUGGGUGGAUGUACAGAAAAGAGAAGUUCCCCUGAGCUGUGCCCAGGGGACCUAUGAGAGGUUACUGGGGCAUGUGAAGAGGAUGUGUGGGUGGAUAGGGAGGCUGGCCCUGGCUGGACGGUCCAGGUGACAAGCUGCGGUGGCCUGGGUGGGUGUGGGCAGCUGCAGGUGACCUGUGGGUGUGUUUCAGGACUGGCACAGCAGGGUGGGUGGGUUGGCACUGUUUGGUACUCGUGGCUCCACCGAAGAGAACUUGGAUUGGGUGGGGUGGCUGGGGAGGAGGCUAAGAAGUGGGCUGCAGCAAUAUGGGGGACCAGGAGGUGGGAGGGUCGUCCCUCUCAAAGUGGUCUACUGAGGGGUGGCUCCUUUCCAAAUGCGGUCCUCUUCUCUCCUGUUCACUACCCCCCACUCCCCACUCUAGAACCGGAAAGCAGAAUGUCUGGUCUGGUCCCUCCCACCCCACACCAGGCCCGGCUCCUGCACCGUUGCCAUGGAGAUGGGAAGCAGUGGAGGGUACUGCUGACUUUGGGGGAGUGGGGAUGGGCUGGGGGGGAGGAGGGUUGGGGAAGGAAAGACGAAAUGUUUAAGGAAGAGAGUUCCAAGAACUGUAGGCGAGCAGGCGUCUAACCGCGGGCUGAGGACCCCUCCCCCUCGUGGGGACCAAGCUCCGAAGCCCCUCCGGGCCCCUCGCCCAGAGCUUGGGCCCCCAGAUCUCUGGCUCAUGAAUUGGCAAGACUUGCUGGACUGUAGCUGGAAAAGCCCUGCAGGAGUCAUGGUCCUGGCAUGGAGUGGGCAUGGCACAGCCUUCCACUCCCUGGCAUUGGAUCCUCCCACAGCCUUCAGACACCUUGAGAACUCAGGUGCCACCUAAACACUAAAGUCUGUCUUGGAGGCCUUGGACCAAGCUGCUGUUACUCUGCCAGGAACGGUGGUCUUCUUACUCAGCGGCUUAACUUAGCACUUACUAGGCACUAGGAAGCCCUGCUUUGACUCGGGGAUACAGAACUAACCAACAGUCCAAUCCUUGGUCUGCAAGAGACAGAUGUAAAUAAACAAAGCCAUACUGGUUGGACCAUACCUCGAAGAAAAGGGGGCGUUUCGUAGGGUGGUCAGGGCUGAAACUCCAGUGAUGAGAAGGAGCUGAGGGAAGAGUCUCCAGGAGGAAAGGGACAGGAGGACAGGGCCGAGGUAGAGGGUGAGGGGAAAUGGGGUAAGACUUGCAGAAAACAGCUCUCUCCAGGCCUUCGCCCUGCAGGCUGCACUGAGGACUGAGGCCCAGGUUUGGCUUCUCUCCUGCUUCUGAUGGGAAAGUGAGGAAGCAGGGGCGCGGGGAGUAAUGUGAUCUGAUUUAUAGUUUGGAAGGAUUGCUCUGGCUGCAGCAGGCAAGCAGCCCAGAUUGGAGGGGCUUGGAGGAAGGAGGGGGAGAGCAGGGGGAGGUGACUGCAGUGGUCUAGGCUGGGGUGAGGCAGCUUGCAGAAUGUUCUCUGCUCAGAGUCCCUUGCUUGGUUAGCUCACUUCCUGGAGAUAGCUGCUCUGACUGUCUACCCCUUCCUUUCCUUGGUGGGGGAACCACUGGGCCCACCACCACCACCUCCCACCCCAGCAUUAACCUGCUCAGGGCCUGACCUGCAGGAGAAUCUUGGAGUUACACCUUUCAAGCUGUACACAUGAUGCUGUUCACACAUGUCCCCACAAGCAGGCAUACACAAGGGCUGGGAGGGCCAGGAUAGACCAUCUGGGUGAGGAUUGGGAGAGCCUGGAGCCUGAGAAUGGUAGAAGAGUCCCCUUCAUUAGGCUGUGUCGUCAGUGGUGACCACAGGAUAAUAACAACCUUAGUAUACCCUGCAGUCUGCUCCCUCCUUAGGAAUGGCCAGGAGGGGGAGAAGGGAAGAGAGGCAAAAGCCAGCAUCCUGUCAUGGCCUGCUUUGUUCUGAGAAGGCUCAUGGACCAAGGCUGAGGCCUACCAGUAUUAAGGCUACCCUACAGAACUUUCUCCAUCUAAGUGCUUGUACUUACAAAAGGGAGGAAAAGUGGCGGGGGGGUGGGGGCAGAAGCAGAAAUCUGGAAAGCAGCAAGGGGUGGGUGUGGAGAAACCCAAGGCGGGAUUAGGCCUUGGAACGUUGGAGGUUUCUGGCCACAGAGGCAGAGCCUCCUGGAAGCCAAGAGGGGCGGGGAGACACACCAAGAGAAGCUGAAGAGACCAAAAGUUGAGACAGACCAGAUCAGGAGGGGAGGCAGAAGAGAAAGCCCAGCAGAAGGAGGACUGAGAGGCACUUGCCAGCCGAGACCCCAGUCCUAUCCCACUCAUCCUGACCUUUAUUAGUUUGAGUGCUGGGAAGCCCAGCUGGAUGCAGGCAGCCUGGCUCUUGGGGGCCCUAGUGGUCCCUCAGGUUUUGGGUUUGGGCCAUGGAGCCCGGGGUCCUGGGAGGGAGUGGGAGGGAGGUUGGGGAGGGGCCUUGGAGGAGGAGCGAAAGUCACUGAUGUUGAAGAAUCUACAGGAGGCCCUGGGGCGACCCACUGGGCUGGGAAAUAAGGAUAGUGUUGCUGGAAAUCCUGAAGGCAAAGGGGUCUGGGGGACCAAGGAGACUCAAGGAGAAGAAGAGGAAGAGGAAAUCACCACAGCACCUACUUCCAGUUCCAAUCCUUUUCCCAGCCCUUCUCCUACACCAGAGGACACCAUCACUUACAUCUUGGGCCGCUUGGCUGGCCUGGAUGCAGGCCUACACCAAUUGCACAUUCGUCUGCACGCUUUGGACACCCGUGUGGUCCAGCUGACCCAGGGACUGCGGCAGCUGCGGGAUGCUACAAGUGACACCCGCGACUCCGUGCAAGCCCUGAAGGAGGCACAGGUCCGUGCUGAGCAGGAGCACGGCCGCUUGGAGGGCUGCCUGAAGGGCCUGCGCCUGGGCCACAAGUGCUUCCUGCUAUCGCGGGACUUCGAGACACAGGCGGCAGCGCAGGCGCGGUGCAAGGCGCGGGGCGGGAGUCUAGCGCAGCCGGCAGACCGCCAGCAGAUGGAUGCCAUAGGCAGGUACUUGCGCUCUGCCCUCGCCCCCUACAACUGGCCAGUGUGGCUGGGCGUCAACGACCGGCGCUCGGAAGGGCUCUACCUUUUCGAGAACGGUCAGCGCGUGUCCUUCUUCGCCUGGCACCGCGCACCCAGCCCGGAGCCCGGCGCCCAGCCUAGCCCGGCAUCACAUCCCCUCAGCCCGAAUCAGCCCAAUGGCGGCGUCCUGGAGAACUGCGUGGCGCAGGCCUCAGACGACGGUUCCUGGUGGGACCAUGACUGUGAGCGGCGCCUCUACUUCAUCUGCGAGUUCCCCUUUUAGAGAGCCGGUCCUUGCCCCAGAGCUCGAGCACACGUUCUGCUCGGUGCACCCUACUGUCUGGGGUCGCUCAGAGGUUGACAGGAACCAUGAAUAAAUUUUAAUAAUUAGA